CGCGCAGGCGUGCUUCAGUCGCCCGCGCGACCCCGCUGCCGCCGGCCGCGCGCCAUGGACGAGGCAAGAGCGCGAGAUCGCGCGCCACUUACAGUCAUCGUCGCCCCGAGCAACGCUUCACCCCCUAGACUAUCCCCUGGCGACCUUCUCCCAGACGGGGAUGCGGCGUUUCACCCCUUGUCAGCUGUUAAUGGACGCCUAACUCCGCCGGGGCUCGAGCCGGCCUCGUAUGCGACCCUAACGCCUUUGCUCCCGUUACCCCCAAUAAGUACUGUUUCGGACAAAUUCGCUUACCACGCCGGUGGUACCUUCACUGUUAUACAACAGCAACAAUCGUAUGCAUCCUUAUCUCCAGCUCCUUACAAUGAACCUUUAUCGCCACAGUCUGCGUAUAGCAGACGAAGUGCAUCGCCUAAUUCUUUUGAAAGGCGAUCACCCACCCCGCCGCUACCUAGCCCCGGAUUGGACCUCAAUGCUGCGUUGCUGGCGAGGGAAGAGCAGCAGCAGCAACAGCAGCAACAACAACAAUCACAGAACGACACAGAAGAGAUAAAUACUAAAGAACUAGCUCAAAGGAUAAGUGGAGAAUUGAAACGGUAUUCAAUCCCUCAAGCUAUAUUUGCGCAGAGGGUGUUAUGCAGGUCACAAGGGACGCUUAGCGACUUAUUAAGAAAUCCUAAACCAUGGUCAAAACUGAAGUCUGGGAGGGAAACAUUCAGGAGGAUGUGGAAAUGGCUCCAGGAGCCUGAAUUUCAGAGAAUGUCUGCGCUCAGACUAGCAGCGGCCCAGAUUCCUCAGAGAGGCAGUUGCAAGCGCAAGGAGGACAUGGGUUCGGAUACCCUGCCUUCCCCGAAGAAGCCCCGUUUGGUUUUCACAGACCUCCAGCGGCGUACUCUACAGGCUAUUUUUAAGGAAACAAAGAGGCCGUCAAAAGAGAUGCAAGUGACGAUAGCGAGACAAUUAGGUUUAGAGCCGACUACUGUUGGCAAUUUUUUCAUGAACGCUCGAAGACGAUCUAUGGACAAGUGGAAGGACGACGAUGCACCGUCAACGGAACUGGACCACCAAUUGGACGACGGUCUCGACCACGUCCCGAGUCUAGACUCCGGCGAGUCCGAGGAGGAUCACGACGACCAAGACGAUCACCUCUUGUGACGCCGUAUGCAACAGCAGCAGCUAUUAGUACUAUGAAAUGGACUUGGAGUUGUUGGUUAAGGUUUCCAAUGGUCGUACGUUUUAGAGGUGCUAACACAACGGCCGGUUAGUAAAAUGCAGUCUCGAGGUUCCCUUUCAAAUACGUUUGUUAAUUACGUUAAAUGCUUUAUCAGAAUUCUGAAUUCUCUUCCCUUUUUAUUUAUUUGUUUCUAUAUGGUUGUGUACCUUAUAUUCAAACCUUUAUGUAAGAUUUUGAACAAAACGUAAAUUAUUAACAGUUAUUGGGGUCAUUUGUAGUCAAAGACAUUUGUCAAUUUUUGUUGUUAAGGUGAACGUACGAGUAACAGUCAACAUGUCCACUUUUUACAAAUUUUCAUUUCAUAUGGACAUAUGUAUAUUGCUUUAUUAUAUUAAAUGACUACUUAAUCUAUAACACGGAUUUCAUCAACUCACAUUAUUUUCUGAGAAAAAAGAAGAGAAUAAAAAUAUAACAAGAAAUUCUUAUGGGCUUUUUCCAUAUAAAUGAGAUUUGGUGAGAUAUUGCCAAACUGCCUCUCUUUUAUCUUAAGAAUGAAUUUCAGAUGUUGUAACUAUUGUUUGGUGACCAAUUUUUUUAAGUUUUAAUAUCAAAUAAUUUUUAAAAUUAGAACAUAUAAAAAAAUAAGAAAAAAAAAUGUUAAAUGAAAGUAAUAUCGCUCAAUUUUUUAUUUCUAUGUGAAAAUAAGUACGACAAGUUACUUUUUUUUUAAAUAUAAAAAAAAGGAACCAGGAAAAUUACUAAUACGUAAUUUUGUUUUUCAACAUUCAUUUUCUUUUUCUUUGUUUCAUACGUGUUUAAUGUCUUUCAAUUACUCAAGCAAUUAAAACUUUAUUUAUUUACUUAAAAAAAUCUGAUUAUUAGUUACUUUUAAUACUAAUAUCAUUUGAUCAGUGUUUUUUCAUUACUGUGAAAAUAAUGUGAUGCCAAGAUUAACUUUCUGAUUUUUAAAAUCCCUUUUUAAUACUACAUCAAAUAGUAAUAUUUCUGUUAGGGUAGUGCCCUCUGGUGUCAGUUUUUCUAAGUCAUCACAUUAUUUUCACAGUAAUGAAAAAACACUGAUAAAAUGAUAUUAGUAUUAAGGUAGUGCCCUCUGGUGUCAUUUUUUCUAAGUCACCUUAGUUAUAAUAAUUUUUCUAUUCUAUUUUGCUGUAAACGUGAAAUGUUUCAUUUUUAUCAUUAAUGUUUCAUUUAACAUAUAACAGGUGAAAAUAUUUUGUGUAAUAAAAAUAUUUUGGGUUAUUUUAAGAAAUCGUAUCACGACAUUUGGAAAUCAUUACGACAACUUCAAGAAAAGUGUACAGUUAUGAUAGUGAUGUUGAAUAAAUGGACGGCGUUAGGUAAUAUGGGUUAUGGAAGCUACACAUGGCGAAUAUGUGGGUGUUUUUAAGUAUUCAUAAUAGCUACUUUGUAUUUAGUCUCAAAGAUGGCGCUGAUUGUAGAAAAAAUUUGGAAUGCAUUUUUUGCAAUUUAAUUGAAGAUCUCUAUAACGAGUUGUUUAACUGUCUGUUCUUUUAUUAUUAUAAAUAUUUAAUCUUUAUUUACAAUAUGCAUAGUGAAACCGAAAUAGUUUGCAUCUUUUUAAGGGAAUGUUCUACUAGGUAAAUUGAAGAUUAUUUGCCAAAAAAUGUGGAUCCAAUGCAGUGGCAAAAUGUCAUGGGCCCCCGACCCAAAAGGGCCCCGGUUCAAGAAGCCGCGAUCUCAGAAAUAUUUUUUUUACAUUGAGUAUUUUAUUUUACUUGAAAAGUUUUUUUUUACUGAUAGGGCCCCAUCAAAAGCAUUUGCCACAGGCCCCAAAUGGUGUAGAUACGCCACUGAUCGAAUGUCAAAAUUUUAAGGUUAAAACAAUAACUUCAAAGCAGAAUGUGGCGUAGGUAUUAUUAUCACUAUUAUAUCAGCUGGUAACUGUGUACUGCUGCCUUCCCCAUGUCUAUGGGGUCGCGACCGUUACCCACAGUAGUCUUACUGUAUUCACCGAGCCACCUGCAUUCACUGACUCCCAUGCAAUUUGAGUUUGUCACUCCAUCUAGUAGGGGUCGUUCUUUUAUUUUUUUUUUUUUUAUUUUUUUUUAUACAAAAAUCCACAGCUCUUAAAAAAUAACUUACAUGCUAAGUCUCUUAUGAAUACAGCCAAUAACGGAUUUUACUUAUACAAACAAAAAUUUUGAUUCCAUAGCGAGGUAGGCAAGUUAGGGGGUGUAU